CGAAGAUCUCAAGUGGAGCUGGUGUAGGAAAAGUGAAAUCGUAAAGAAACUAAGCAGAAGGAAAAUAGUUCUGAUCACGCUAAUGCAAGUCGGUGUGGAGAAGGAAACUUUCCAAAAGUUUUCAUCAUCAGGAUCGAUGUGUAUAUUGAACAGAGUAAUUGCGAGCAUAUGGCUAUGACAGCUCCGCGCUAAGAGGAACUGCGUGUCGGCAACCUCCGGCUCUUUGGGGAUUUUAAAGUAUCGGGAUUUUCAUUUCACAGUUUCUCCGUGAAUCGCUAGUCAGACACGGGUCACUGGUGGACGGACCAUGUUGGGAAACGGAGUCUAUGCAGUCAAGAAACGAAAGAAGCCCGUUAAGAAAAUCCCCAAACCCCCACCUCCUGAUGGGGUCAAGUCCAAUCCCUCCAAGCGCCACCGGGAUCGGCUGAACGGGGAGCUGGACAAACUGACCAGCCUUCUGCCCUUUUCAGAGGAUGUCCGAGCCCGACUGGAUAAGCUGUCUGUGCUGCGGCUCAGUGUUGGAUACUUGAAGGUGAAAAGCUUCUUUAAUGCCACCAUGAGAAAAGGCAGCGUGGGCUGGCCAGGGGAUCGCAGCGAGGGUCUCCACAGCAACGGGCAAAGCGGGACCUCGACUGACGGUGUCACCUUCUCAGAGGGUGACCUCCUGCUCCAGGCACUGAAUGGCUUUGUCCUGGUGGUCACAGCUGAGGGAUAUGUCUUCUACGCCUCUCCUACCAUACAAGACUACCUGGGUUUCCAUCAGUCCGAUGUUGUCCACCAGAGUGUGUUUGAGCUCAUACACACAGAUGACCGUGCCAUGUUCAGACGGCAGCUUCACUUUGCACUCAACCCCAACCAGCUGAGCUCUGAGCAGGGAGGAGACGGCAUGCAAAGCAGCAGUGACAUCAGCAGCAACAUUGUGAGCUACGACCCUCAGCACAUCCCCCCUGAAAACUCCUCCUUCCUGGAGAGGAGCUUCUGCUGCCGUUUCCGCUGUCUGCUGGACAACUCCUCUGGCUUCCUGGCCCUUAACUUCCAGGGGCGGCUGAAGUACCUCCAUGGGCAGAACAGAAUGGCUGAGGAUGGGAGUGUGGCCCAUCCCCAGCUGGCCCUGUUUGUCAUUGCCAUGCCUGUGCAGCCUCCCUCCAUCCUGGAGAUCAGGACAAAGACGCUCAUCUUUCAGACCAAACACAAGCUGGACUUCACGCCCAUGGGCAUCGACACCAGAGGGAAGGUGGUUUUGGGAUACACUGAGCUGGAGCUGUGCAUGAGAGGCUCUGGAUAUCAGUUCAUUCAUGCUGCUGAUAUGAUGUACUGUGCAGACAACCAUGUCAGAAUGAUAAAAACAGGUGAAAGUGGUUUCACCGUCUUUAGACUCCUGACUAAGGCUGGGGUCUGGGUCUGGGUCCAAGCGAAUGCCAGACUUGUGUACAAAGGAGGAAGGCCUGACUUCAUCAUAGCACGCCAGAGAGCCUUAACAAAUGAAGAAGGGGAGGAGAAUUUACGCCAGAGGAAGAUGCAACUGCCCUUCAGCUUUGCCACUGGGGAAGCUCUCCUGUAUGAAACCAGUCCCACUCUGGAAAUGCCCGACAUCACUGGCAACAGCAAAGGACCUAAGCUGAGGAAAAUGCCUGAGCCGAAGGGCCUGGAUCCUGAUUCCCUCCUGGGGUCCAUGUUGAAACAGCACCAGUCUCUCCACAUGCAGACCCCUGACUCUGACGCUCAGCUCCCCCUUGACAAAGCCUUCAUGGACAGCCAUGCCCUCGUUAAUGUCCCUGGUGAUGCUUGGCAGGAAGGGAUUCCAAGGUCUAAAUGUGGCUUCAAGGAGGAGGCCACAGUAACGGCGAUGAUUGAUUCUCUGGAACAGAUCAUAAGUGAUGACAGUCUGUGCUCCACUCUUCAGGACCUGGAUGUGGAUGCCAUGGAGCUGAAAGAGUGGGAGAAUGCUCUGCUGAGAAUGAACAUCAGCGGUGACAUGUCCGACGAGUUCAGCGACAUCGUUACCAAUGAUAUCCUCUCCUACGUGGAGGAUGCUCUGUUUAAGGAGAGUAAUAAGAGCCAGUGUGUGAGGGGCUCAGAGCUGCUCAGCUCUGUCCCACCCAAUGGUGUCGCCUCCACUCCACUUGGCAACCAGAAUGCCUUUGUUAGAGGGCCAGUGGGUCUGCCAGGGCUGGAGCUGCAGAAUUCACAUUUCAACAAGAUCUUCUGCCCUGUAUUGCUUGGUGAUCCCCAAAACCCGGUUAUCACAAAUCCCCAGACGAACUUCCUUGGAUUGGGAGGGCAAAGCCUACAAGUAGCAGGGCUGAUGCAUGUGAGUCCACAGGUCCCCAUGGAACUGAGUGACCCGACACAAACGCAGCCCAAACUCCAGCUGAUACAACCAAAUGAUAUCUUCACUCAGUCUGUGGGACCCGCCCAGAUAAAUUCCCAAAGUGCUUUAGGUCAGAGCAACCCGAUUUCCCUCAACGCUGCCUUGCCUGGGUCUUUCCCUCAGAUGCAGAAGCAGGUGAGGCAAAGGCUACCUUCCUCACAGACUGUGUUCAGUCCUAGUCUUACCAAGCUGAAUGGAUUUGGCCCUUUCCUCCAGAGGGAGCUGCAGACAGCCCCUCAGGGCACAGCAGGGCAGCUCCAUCCUUGCCCAGUGGCUCUGUCUUUCCAGAACCAACAGCAGGGCCAACAAAUAGCUUUUCAGCAGCAGAAUUCUGUCAACCAAUCAAGCCAUAUGGCUUCAGGUGAGGGAGAUGGGUGGCUCCCCUCCAUCCCCAACACUAACGUUGCAGACAGUUUGUUGGACGUUUGUGCCCUGAAUAGUUCAGCCCAGCAAGAGCUCUUCUUGGAUCCUGUACCAAGUACCUGCUUUCAAGGACAAUUUUCACUUCAGACUCAAAAUAAUAUUAGGCAGCACUCAUGGCAGCAGCAACACCUCUCCACUACAGCACCAACCGGCCACCAGCCCCCCCCUGACUGUCACAGCCAGGCUCCAGGAUUCCAAAGAAAUUCCCAUGCAGGGAUUUUACCUCAGAACUGGCAAAACAGCAGGGCUGGUUUUGGACCUCAGAAGACUCCCAAUGGUGUUUACCCUACCCAGACAGUACUUGUGGAUAACGCACCUCCAUCAAGUAAUAGCUGUAUGUUCAACAGCACCUCAUCUCUUCCUGUCCCAGGGAUGCAGUUCAGCAAUGUGGGGAUGGCUGCCUCUGUCUUCUCAUGUCAGAAUAGCAAGCCGUCCCAGAAUGAUGGCCACCCACAGCCACACCCCUGCUUCCAGAGGAGCACAGACGAUUCCAUCUUGGGUAUCUCAGGCAUUCCCCAAGAGGACUCCAGCAUUACCCCCCUGUCAUGCAGGAUCACCCCCAACUUCUCUCCCAAGAGUCUGCUGGCCCCGCAGCAGUAUCUCAACUGCAGUGAGCCGACACAGUUAACAAACUGUCUGUUGGAAGAAAACCGAUCUUUCCCCAUUCCUCCCCUUGCAAAUGGAACCAUACUCUUUUCUGAGAACAAUCAAGCAAACUGCUGUGACUUGUAGAGGGAUGCCUGUACCUUCUGCAUUGGCAAGCUGGACUGGGUGGCCAGACAGCAGCGCUUCUCUAGAAUAAAAAAGACACACCCAGAGUGCCAGGAGCCACAGUGCCUGAGGAAUGUCACUCCGUUUGUCUGUCCUGGGAUACGUGAACAUCUCCUGAUUUUCAUCUCUUCCUGAAACCUGAGUCCUACAAAUAUAUGGGCUCUCAGUGUCUCCUAUUAGUGCAAACCAUAAGGAUCGUGCCUGCAAACCAAAUGCUCACCAGAGCUCAACCAGACUCCAGCACAUGCGUUUUGCCCAUUCAUCUUAGUUGGAGAACCACAAGAAGUUGCAACAAUAUAUUUAUUUGUUUUUUUGUCUUUGUUUUUGUGACUAUUUUCUUUAUUUGCCAAAAGACAGAUCUGUGAAACUAAUGGGGCACGCAUGCCUACUGCUGACAAAAAAACAGGAUGAUGAAGUAAAGAAGAAGAGAGCAGAGAAAAGCCGAACAGAGUGAGAGUUCAUCCCAGCCUCAGAAAGAUGUAAUCAGGCCUCUCUGAUCUGUGCACUUUACAGAAAAUGAAACCUGAGACCAGGAAAAUCUUUUAGAUGGUGGAAGAAGGAAAGACAGACAGACCGAUGAAAAAAUAAUGUGGUGAUUGAGAUUAUUCCCAGGAAUUGGACUUUAAAGAUCAAAACAUUGGUGUCACAGGGAGUAGUAGAAAUCCACUAACAUGAAUGAUGUCAUGCAAAAGGUGUUUGUGAAGAUUUCCCUAUUAGUUUUCUCUGUUUCUCUGAUUCUGCUGUUAACUUGGUAAUGUCCUUGCUAUCAAGCCUGUUUGAUUAAGAUCCCAAACAAAAAUAUUUUAGUCAGAACAUUAUGAGGACUUUAUAAAGAAUGUUAUGAAAGAUCAUCAUUUAUUC